CGCCGCCUUGUUUUGGAAGGCAUGCACAUAUUUUUUCUGGACGCACGCUCCCCGGGAUCAUAUUUUUUUUUUGCAGAGCGCGAAGGAUCGACGUGCCCCGUUGGAGAGAGAGAGAGAGAGAGAGAGAGAGAGAGAGAGAGAGAGAGAGAGAGAGAGAAGAAGCGAUGCCACGGCGACGCAGCAGCAGCAGCAGGAGGAGGAUGAUGAUGCUUCGACGCGAGCGGUCAUUGCAGCGCACCUCCCGUAAGAUGGACGAGGCACAUCGGGGGCGGAUAUAAGGAACUGGCGGCAUAUCUCGUUGCGCAGGGAGGGAGGCGAGGGAGACGGGGGUCGUUCUGCAACUGCCGUCGGCUGCUCCAGAGGACGGGUGCCUCCCGCAGGUGUCGUUUCUAUCGCUCGUGAUAUGUAGCUCGGGGGGACGGUCGGGGGGGGGGGAGGAGGAGGAGGAGGAGGACGGUGCGGCGUGUUGCGUUGCAGCUGGUCCUCGGCCAUCCGAAGCCCUUUCGGACGCGUCCGGAGCCGAGCGCGCCGGCCGCCGGCGACCUUUGGCCAUCCUUGAACUUCGGUGCGACGGGGAGCGCAGCCUCCUGAGCUGUCCGUGGUGCUGAACGCGCCGGGGUCUCCCCGCGGGUCGACCCUCCUCCUCCCCCGCGGGACGAGGGGUACCAGCCUUCCUGCGACGCGCAGCAAGGAGACGGACGGAGCAGGGGCCACCGCGCGCGCGCGCACAGCUGCCGGGCUUGACCGAGUCGGCCAGACCCGAGAUCCCCGCGUUUUUCAUGGCUGUGGCACGCAAAAUCAAAACUUUGCUGACCGUCAACAUCCUGGUGUUCGUGGGCAUCGUCCUGUUCUCGGUGUACUGCCGCAUCCAGGACCGCUCCGAGGAGCUCAUCCAGCUGGGGCGCGUCACCGACCAGCGGCUGCGAGCCAGGAAUGGCAAAGUUUCCAACUUGGCGGACCGGCAGUCCAUUCUCCAGAGGCUGGAGAGGCUGGAGGAUGUGGUCUACAACCAACUGAACGGUCUGGCGAAGCCCAUGGGGCUGGUGGAGGGGCCCGGAGGCCUUGGCCAGGGGGGAGCUGCUGCCACUCUGGGAGAGGACGGUCACGACGCCGAGGGGAAGUACGAGGAGUACGGCUACAACGCUCAGCUCAGUGACCGCAUCUCCCUGGACAGGAGCAUCCCCGACUACAGGCCCAAGAAGUGCAAGCAGUUGACCUACCCAGAGGACCUCCCGCAGAUCUCGGUGGUCUUCAUCUUCGUGAACGAAGCGCUGUCGGUGAUCCUGCGUUCCGUCCACAGCGUGGUCAACCACACGCCAGCGCACCUGCUCAAGGAGAUCAUCCUGGUGGACGACAACAGCGACAGUGUGGAGCUGAAAUUCAACCUGGACCAGUAUGUGAACAAGCGCUACCCGGGCCUGGUGAAGAUCGUGAGGAACAGCAAGCGGGAGGGCCUGAUCCGGGCCAGGCUGCACGGCUGGAACGCUGCCACGGCGCCCGUGGUCGGCUUCUUCGAUGCCCACGUCGAGUUCAACUCUGGCUGGUCCGAACCUAUUCUGACCCGGAUGAAGGAGGACCACACCCGCAUCAUCCUGCCCGCCAUAGACAACAUCAAAUACAACACGUUCGAGGUGCAGCAGUACGCCAAUGCGGCCCACGGCUACAACUGGGGCCUCUGGUGCAUGUACAUCAUCCCGCCGCAGGAGUGGCUGGACAAGGGCGAUGAGACGGCCCCAAUCAGAACUCCAGCAAUGAUUGGCUGCUCCUUUGUGGUGGAUCGGGAAUACUUUGGUGAGAUCGGUCUGCUGGAUCCUGGCAUGGAGGUCUAUGGAGGCGAGAACAUCGAGCUGGGCAUGCGGGUGUGGCAGUGUGGGGGGAGUAUGGAGGUCCUGCCAUGUGCCAGAGUGGCCCACAUCGAGCGAACCAAGAAGCCCUACAACAACGACAUAGAUUACUACGCUAAGCGGAAUGCCCUGCGGGCCGCUGAGGUGUGGAUGGACGAAUACAAAUCCCAUGUCUACAUGGCCUGGAACAUUCCAAUGAAUAACCCGGGGGUUGAUUUCGGGGACGUGUCCGAGCGCCUGGCCUUACGGAAGCGGCUGCAGUGUCGGAGUUUCCGCUGGUACCUCGAGCACGUCUACCCGGAGAUGCGGAUCUAUAACAACACCAUCACGUACGGCGAGGUGAGGAACAGCAAGGCCAGCGGAUACUGCCUGGACCAGGGCUCCGAGGACGACGACAAAGCCAUCCUCUACCCCUGCCACGGCAUGUCCUCCCAGCUCGCGCGCUACUCCUCCGAGGGGCUCCUCCAGCUGGGACCCCUGGGCUCGACCACCUUCUUGCCCGACACGAAAUGCCUCGUCGACGACGGCAGAGGACGCACUCCCAGUCUGAAAAAGUGCGACGUGGUUUCAAGGGUUUCCCAGCGGCUGUGGGACUUUACGCAGAACGGUCCGAUCAUCAGCAGGGACACCGGCCGAUGCCUGGAGGUAGAAAUGUCCAAAGACGCCAACUUUGGCCUUCGCCUGGUGGUCCAGAGAUGCUCCGGUCAGAAGUGGAUGAUACGAAACUGGAUUAAGCAUCCCAGGCACUGAAAGCCAGGCGGACGGCCUCUGAGGGCGGCUCGGGCGCCGUCUCGAGUCGCAUUUCGGAGCUCACGCCGCGGACAGUUUUUUUUCUUUCGGAGAGGAGCAGAGACUGGCGGCGCCGGUGUGUGGUAUUUUCACACCCUCGGACGGCAACCGCGCACCGAGCCUCGCUCAGGCCGCAGAGCUUCCCCCGGCGAGCGUCGAAGGGGAGCAGAGACCUUGUGGCAGGGCGCGGCGCCUGAAAUGGCCCGCGUCUCUGACAUUCAGCCACAUGUAUAGAAUAGAGUGACGGAAACACCCGGAGGUGGUUUCGAAGUCGGAGUGACUCUUUUGUUUUUACCGUACAACUAGCCAUGUGAGACAGAGAGAGAGAGAGAGAGAGAGAGAGAGCGCGCGCGUGUGUCUUUUGAACAAAUCAAAAGAUAUAAUUGCCGUCAAAUUGCCACAUCCAAGUGAUCAUUUUGGGCUGCGAUUUGGAGAAAUUGCCUUGGACACAUUGAGCCGCCUUGGCAAGUCAUGUGAGAGGCUUCAGGGGGGGCUGCCCAUCAUCUGGUCGGCAGGCAUUUCCCUCUCAACCACACAAGCCGCUUCAGUUCGUUGUUUCUUUGGACUGUGUUGCUCUGCGGGAGCAAUCGUGUGCCUUUUUUCCUCUCGGUUUUUUUUUCUGCUUCAUCUGACCAGGGAAUGUCAGUCCCGCAAAGCAUGUACAAAAUCAUUUGAAAGCUAUUAAUAUAUAAAAAACUAAUGUAUAAAAGGAGGGUAAUAUAUUGUGUAAAAAAAAAAAAAGUGACAAAUUCCUAUCCGUCCUCUGAUAACAAUUAGGAUAAUUAAAAUCAUUUCUAUGAUGAA